AUUUCUUCCGUCGUCCGAAUCCAUUCCUGUCGCGUGCCGUUGACACUCGGUGUCAAAGAAGAAGUCUGAGAAGAGCGGAGAAGCCACAUUGGGACCUGACGCCCCGGAAAAGAGAGCCAUGGCGCACGUGGGCUGGGCCCUGUUCAAGAUGCCGGGAAAGAGGCGCUGCUUACGCAAGCUCAACGGCUGCCUGGGUUGCCGACUUCCUCUGUUUCCGGUGCUGGUGCUGUCGCUGCUUGGUGCGCUGGCGCUGCUGUUCGCGGGUCGCCGCGACUGGUCCAAGGACCAGUGGGUGUCGCUGGCGCCGAAACGGCUGCUGGUGUACUCGGCCUGGUCCGAACCCCGCGGCGACGUGCACGAGGUGCGCGUCAUCGCUCUGCUCGCUUCUCGCGGCGCACUCCGGGGGCGCCUGCUCUGCACGCUCGCCUACCUCAACUACUCGCACGUGCAGGUAGUGGCUGCCCGCGUCGACCCCUUGAACGCCACGGUGCUGACGGGCCACCCGACGGGCCCCUCGCUCGAGCCGGGCUUCGUGUUCUGUCCGGGCGACCCGCAGCUGCAGGCCGACGAAGUGGGCCUGCGCCUGGUCGACACGAGCCGCGUCCACUGGCUGCCCGUGGGACACGCGCCUUCGACCAUCGCCGACCCCUCCCCUGCUACCAACGGCGGUAAAGCGCCAGCAGCCAUUGUCCGAGCCAACAGCGUCCCGGCCGCCAAGUUUGGGGCAGUGGUUUGCGCGCUGUCCGUACUCGACGCGGCGACAGAGGACCUGCUGCUCGGGGAGUUCGUGGCCCACUACACCGAGCUGGGCGCCACGCACUUCGUCUUCUACAACCGGACGCAGUCGCGACGAGCUCGGACGUUCUUUGGAGCCCUUACUACGGUGGUCUCAGUGGAGUACCUCCCUUGGACUCGCCGCGACGCACGCUCCCUCUUGGCGUACGACUGCGCGCUGCGAAUGCGCGGCCGCGCCGGUGUCCUGGCAGCCGUGGACACGGACGAGCGGCUGGUCCCGUGGCGCUCGUUGGCCGAAGGCGCCGUGAGCAAGGAAGGCGGCGACCACGCGGCUGGCUGGAGGUUGUCCGACGUUCGGGGGUCGCUGGUGCGGCUGUCGCGAAAGACUUUCUGCGGAGCGGACGGCGACGUCUCUCAGGGCGCGGCCACGUUGUUGUCGCGAGGCCGCAGACUCGGGGACAUCCAGCCCGCCGGAGUUGUGGGCGCGGAUCUGGACGCGCUGCUCGCCGGCACGCUGGCCUCGCACCACUCCAGACGAGUGCUCGUACACAGGUAUUCGGAUGCAGAGUGUCCCGCCGGUGCAGUAGUGGUAGACAAGUCGGCAGCCGAAGUCGAGCGUCGCACGCAGUCGUCGCAGGCCAUGAUCCUGUGGAGGGCGCUGUUCGUCAGCUGAGACUCGCCCCACCCUCGGACAGAACGCAGUGCACGCAGCCACGGAGGACAGACACCUUAGUCGAGCUUUCGCUGCCACUGCGCAGCCUCGACGAACCGAACUUAAGCUGGCUGUCGGCGUGCUCAUUCCUCGAAGACGUUUGUGCGUGUGUGUUUGUGCGUGUGUGCUUUUCUGUGUGUCGCAAAAGAAAAAAAAAGAAGCUGCGCGAAGACGUUAUUUGACCUUUCCUCCACCUCGUUUUUAAGUAGCGUGCCUCAAUAGGUUAAGUAGAACAGGGUCGCGAGGUUGCAACUUCUUAUCGUGACCCUGUUGCAGCGACGUCUGUCAUGAGCUCUUCCCUGGCUCCAUAUGAUGCACGGCGUUAAACGCAACCGGCAGCCGCCGAGACAGAAAAUUAAUUUUAACCACAGCUUGGCAUCCCAUCCUGAGCAGACUGUGUACCAGCAGGGCGCGCUGGGACAAGUUUACGCCAGUUGCUGCAAAGGUGUCACAUUAAACUACGUAGUCUAA